AUGUCAACCACCAGUGAAACUGAGCAUGAGAGGAUGAAAAAAUUCAAGAAUAGAGGCAAAAAUGUAGAGAUACUGAGGAGGCAGAGAGUGGAGUUUUCUAUUGAAUUACGAAAAGCUAAAAGAGAUGAACAGAUCUUGAAGAGACGGAAUAUAAGCAAUUUCCCAGAUAGUGACCCUUCACUACAAAAGAUUGCUGGAACUAAUGACCGUGCAAUGACCAUUGAAGAGAUUGUGAAAGGAAUAAAUAGCCAUGACCCAUUACUACAGCUGCAAGCUACAAAUGGAGCUAGGAAACUUCUGUCACGGGCAUGGAAACCUCCACUGGAUGAGAUUAUUAAAGCAGGUCUAAUUAAGAAGUUUGUUGAAUUCCUUGGUCGAGAUGACGAUUCUAUGCUGCAGUUUGAGUCAGCCUGGGCACUAACAAACAUUUCCUCUGGAACAUCAGCACAAACUGGGGCUGUGGUGGAAGGAGGUGCAAUUCCACCACUUGUAUGUCUCCUUUCCUCGCCAUACAUGCACAUCAGUGAGCAAGCUGUGUGGGCCUUGGGUAACAUUGCAGGUGAUGGCCCCCUCUUUCGUGAUGCAGUAAUUGAAUGCUCUGCUGUCCCCUCACUUCUGAGAUUGGUAAAACCAGGCAUCCCUGUUGGCUUCCUGCGCAAUAUCACAUGGACUAUAUCAAAUCUAUGUCGCAACAAAAAUCCACAUCCACCUCUCCAGACAGUUCAACAGAUCCUCCCCACGCUGGUUCAGUUGCUUCAUUAUGAAGAUGAUACCCUCCUCUCUGAUGCUUGUUGGGCAAUAUCGUACCUGACGGAUGGCCCGAAUGAACGGAUUGAGGAGGUGGUUCGCACUGGCAUCUUGCCAAGGCUUGUGCAAUUGAUGUUAAAGGAUAAGCUGGCUCUGUUGACUCCUGCCCUCCGUGCUGUUGGAAACAUUGUGACCGGAACUGAUAACCAAACAGAGGCUGCACUUGAAGCAGGAGUUCUUGCCAUUCUACCGAAGCUUUUGAAACAUCACAAGACCUGUAUACAGAAGGAGGCUGCUUGGACCAUUUCCAAUAUUGCUGCUGGACCUACAAUGCAGAUUCAACAGUUGAUUACUUGUGGAGUUAUAGCUCCCCUUAUUGAACUUCUGGAAAGAGGUGAAUUUAAAGUACAAAAAGAAGCUGUUUGGGCUGUGACUAAUUACACAAAUGGUGGGACAGUUGACCAGGUUGUUCACUUGGUGCAAUGUGGGGUGCUGGAACCUCUCCUUAACCUACUAAGUAACAAAGAUGCCAAAAUUCUUCUUGUGAUCCUGGAAUCCUUGUCCAACAUCUUCCUAGCUGGAGAACAGUUGGGUGAGACGGAUAACCUAUGUCUAUUAAUAGAGGAACUUAAUGGCCUCGAGAAAAUUGAGGCUCUUCAAUUCCAUCCAAAUACCACGGUGUACAAAACAGCAUUAAAAAUAAUUGAGAAGUACUUCCUUGAUGAGGAGGAGGAAAUUCCAAACAUGCAGCCUGAAGUGACAAAUGGAGAACUUUCAUUUGAAGUGCAUACUACUGAAGAUAAAUUUAGCUUUUGA